AUGAUUCGACCACUUAUCCUACUAAUUUCUCUACUUGGAGUAUCAUAUGCAGCCAUUCAAUGCAAGGAUAAUAACGGGAAUAACGUGGAUUGGUUUGUUUUCUACAAACUUCCUCAUCUCUGGGACCAUCCGAACAAUGUUCCGAUUUCAAAUGGAACUGGAUUCAUGUAUUUUGAUGUAAAUAAUAAGAAUUGGAAAUUGAUGCCUCAAGGAAUGGAUGUACAGAACAACGCAGUUUACUACACUCUUCAGCAAUACUACACAUCAAAUAAUCAAACGACAUUCCAAUACUUGUAUAACGACGAAUGGCCAGAUAGCACGAUUUGGAGUAACAGUUCUGGGCAUGCUAAGGGAGUUACAGUAUUCGAUCAAUACACAGGAUUCUGGAUGAUCCACAGUAUUCCGAAAUUCCCGAGUGUCGAUCAGUUUAGAUUCCCAUCGAAUGCUCAUUAUUACGGGCAAAUGGGAAUUUGUAUUUCAUUCAAUUAUGCUUCUCUUGGGGAUAUUGCUCAACAACUAUUCUACUAUAACACAUUCACUUAUAAAUUCAACUUGCCACAAAGCUUUGCCAACGCUUUCCCAGUAUUGAAUCAAUUGCAAAAAUUGGAAUAUAAUAAGAGCCCUCCACUAACCUCCAUCAAAGUUCUGAAAUCCCUUGCUGGCCAGAAUUUCAAACAUUUUGCCAAAACUGGAGAAUGGGGAAAAGAUCUUUACAACGAUAUCGUCGGACCAGAACUCAAAUCCUCAAUCAAAGUUGAAACAUGGAAUCACCAGAGUGGAGAUGAACUCAAUCUUCCAUCUAUGUGUGACCCGAAUAAGCAACAAUCGACAAUGAGUGCCAAAUACAUUCGUCUUCCCUACGGUGUCAACUACACAAGUUAUGAAGAUCACUCGAAAUUCGUCGUUGCUUACAGUGAAAUCUCAUCGAAACCAGCGAUUCCAUAUGUUUGUAUCGGAGAUAUUAAUAGACAGACUCACCAACUUCAUCGUGGAGGUGGAACAAUGUGUAUUUACAACCAAGACACGUAUUUCCAAUAUGCGAAUGUCAUCGCAGAAGUAGUUUAUUGUAGCAGAGCAAAUGCCGAAAAGGUACACGCUUUGGAGACGAAUAGAUACAGAAGACACGUCGUCUCUGAUUGA